CUCUCUUUCAUGCAGUUCAUCCUGAGCUCUCAUACUCACCGUUUCGUCGCUGUUCCGGAGUCUUACUCGCCGUCAUCAUGUCCGAGACUGAAGUCGCCAAGGCCCCAGCUACCCCGAAGGCCAAGGGCCGCAAGUCUGCUGGUGCCAAGAAGGACAAGAAGCCCGCAAACCACCCCAAAUACACGGACAUGGUGAAGAAAGCCGUCGCUGCACUCAAGGAACGUGGAGGGUCUUCCCGGCAAGCCAUCCACAAGUACAUCAUGGCCAACUUCGACGUCGGCAAGGACUCCAAAGUGGUCAACACUCACCUCAAGCUGGCUCUCAAGCGCGCUGUGGAGUCUGGUCUGCUGAAACACGCCAAGGGUACGGGAGCUUCCGGAUCUUUCCGCCUGGCUGACAAGGCAAGUGGAUCAGCUGAGAAGAAGCCGAAGAAGGCACCCGCCGCCAAGAAAGCUGCGAAGCCAAAGAAGGCAGCGUCUCCCAAGAAGAAGGCCGCCCCCAAGAAGGAAAAGAAGGCUGCUUCACCCAAGAAAGCCGCCAGCAAGCCGAAGGCAACGAAAGCAGCGGCCAAGCCCAAAGCUGCCGCCAAGCCAAAGACUCCCAAGAAGGCAAAAUCUCCCAAGAAGCCCAAGGCGAAGAAGGCUCCCGCCAAGAAAGCAGCCGCAAAGAAGUAAAACUUCGAUGUGAGUCAUGAACUGUACAUAGAUCCAUUGUGUAACGACUUAUCUACCCAAGAGGCUGGCCUCCUUGUACAUAGCUAUCAUCAUCAUCUCUGUACAUAUAGAAUAGGAACAGCACUUCCAAUAAACUCUUGGAAGUAUA